AUGGAUCCAAUAGACACAGUAUACGUCCAAGAAGAGGAGAUUUUCAAUGAAGAAACUCCCAAAUUGAAGUCAGAAACUGAAAAGUCUAACAAGACGGAGCAAACUAUAGAGAAUUUGGAACAGGAAAUCGACAAAGCAUAUGGCGUAAUAGAAUCCAAAUUUCAAGAUAUAUGGAGAGAUAAUUCUGGCUUACUUAAAGACAAAUACCAUUUAGACGAGCAUAAACAGAAUUUGGUCAAACAAUUGAAUACAUUAAAGGCAAAUGUCAGUGAGAACAAAAACUUACAAGCAGUAAGCGAAAGCUUUAGAGCAUUUGAGGAGCAAUUGAAACAAGCGAAUCUAGAGCAACGUUUACACAUAGAUGAGUUGAAGAAAACUGCAAAUAACGCACUAGAUGCCUUGGACUCUCAGUUGGAAGCCGUCGAAAAUAAAGCCAGUGAAUAUGUCACUCAAUUUACGUCGUUUUUCUCCAAUAUAGUUGCCGUGAGACCAGAAUCCGGCACGCCACAAGAAAAGGAAGUACUUUACAGCUCACCUUUGAACAACGCAAACGAGGAGAAGAAAGAGGAGAAGGAGAAGAAAGAGGAAAAGGAGGAGGAUAACUUUACCUGGGAUGACGAGGAUGAUGAGGCUUCUGUAAAGGAAGACGCCCCUUUACAAACUAGCCCUCCUAAGAUUUUGGAGAAAGACAAAAAGAAAGCUGAUGAUGUCGAUGAUGAUGAUGAUUAUGACGACUGGGAAUAG